AUGAACGGAAUAUUUGCAGCUGACCUUGCGGCGUAUCUGAUCCUCUCGCCGAUCGUCGUCUACAACUUCAUAACUCACCGAUGGACCGGGUUCUUAGCCUGGUACUCCCUAUCCAUGUUCUGUUCCGCUCGAGUUAUUGGAGGUGCUCUAGGGGUUCGUGACGCCAGCAGCAUGACAGCAAACAUAAUCCAGAGUGUGGGAGUCACGCCUCUAAUUCUAUGCGUUGACGGAUUGGUUCAUGAAGCUCGAACGUAUCGCUAUCCCUAUGCUAGUCGACGCCUCAACUGGUCCGUUGUGGUCGGGACAUCGGUCACCAUGGUGGUAGCUAUCAGUCUCUCCAUCAAGGCAUGUCUGGAUAUUUUCGAGGACAAAGCACAAUCCGACGAUCAUUCAUUAUGGAAGACUGGAUCAGCCCUAGUCGUUGUAGUUUGGAUCUUCCAGAUUGGGUGGUCGAUUUAUUCCCUGCAAUUCCAUGAUAAAGGUAUUCAAGGUCCGGGAUAUCAAGGCGGCACUGCGGUAAGUACUCCAUUUCUGCUAGAUGCUUCUCGGGUAAUCGGUUGA